AUGUCGCGCGAAGAACAGCAGCAACUUCUUGACGACGAUGCUGAGCCAGCUGAUGAUGAUGGUUGCUAUCCUCCUCGUAGAGACAGCAUACCCUGGCAACCCAAUCCUCACAGACAAUUACCUAUCUAUACGACUAUUCACCGGAUCAGAAGGCUUGUGAUUGCAUGCAUUGAUGAUCCUUACAGUCUCGAUCAGUUAAAAAGUCCACGCAUGAACACUGCUGUAGUGCGACCUUUGCUUGAUCACCUAUACGACCCAGACGAUGUGUCCGUUGUAUGGUGUCUAUUGGUCAAUCGUGUCCAGUUUCUUCGCCAACAGUCCUUCCAGGCUCAUCAUCAGACUGUCAACGUUACACGUGCGAAUCUGUGCGAAGUCUUGGCCAGUCGUAUCCUUCGCCGAUUUGAUGAGGACCAUAGUGGCCGCGAAGGUCUUUUAGCACUUGCCAAUGUGCUAGUAUCUGGAUUCGAGCCAUUCCAGAAUGCUCCACCCUCGGUCGAUCGAGGCAAGAGGGCUCACUCUGCACUUGCAGAGGGCUGGUUCCAGUCAGGUCGUGAGCGAGUAUUGACAGCUCUUGAGGUAGCCAUCAUCUCAGAGUCAAAAAGCUUCUUGGCAGCGUCCGCUUGUCAGAAGAUUGUCGACGCUGUCUACAGAGGUCGUGUUAUUUACACGCCGACUGCAUUUAUCGAUAUCCUCCCAGAUCGAUACAAGAAUCGCAGAAUCUCUCUGUAUGACCCACGCAAAGCACCGAUACUCAAUCAGUACCGUCUCAUUGUACCUCGCAAUCGCAAAGUCAUCGAGAUUGCCCAAUUCCUCCUGCUCUUCGUUCUUUAUUUACUGACAAUGUUCAACAAAGCCACGGAGAUAGGACCCGGGCACUUGCAAUUCACAACAGUAGAGUUCAUCUUCUGUAUCUACGGAUCUGGCUGGGUGCUCGAAGAGCUCGCUUCUGUACUUGAGCAUGGGUGGUCGGUACACACAGAAAACUUGUGGGCUUUCAUGGACAUUGCUUUCUCGUUGAUCUACCUGGCUUAUUUCGGAGUACGCAUGCACGGCCUGAGAAUCAACUCUGGACCAGUGGGCAAACAAGCACUCGAUAUUCUUUCCUUGGGAGCCCCCAUCUUGAUGCCAAGAUUAGCCUUCUGCCUCAUGCCUGAAAACAUGCUGUUCAUUGCUUUACGAACCAUGAUGGGAGACUUUACCUUCCUUACAGUGGUCACUGUAUGGUGUUUCGGAGGUUUCCUGCUAGCAAUGCGAUGGCUCAGCGAGAGCCAAGACGGCUACGCUUCCCACAGCUUCUUGACAAUCUCCAAAUGGAUGCUAUGGAUCUGGUUCGGACUCGACGGCACAGGCAUCUCCAAAAGCGUCGAGUUCCACAGCUUCCUAGGACCAAUGCUCAUGGUUCUCUUCGCUUUUAUCGGAAACACGCUUUUCCUAACCAUCCUCGUCUCCAUCCUCAGUAACACCUACUCCAAUCUCGCAAAGAACGCCACCGCCGAAAUCCAAUUCAGACGUGCCGUCCUGACUUUCGAAGGUGUAAAAUCCGACACCCUCUUCGCCUACCGUCCACCCUUCAACGUCGCCGCCCUCGUUAUCCUCCUCCCCAUAAAGUUCCUCACCACCCCGCGCUGGUUCCACAAAGUAAACGUCACAGCCGUACGCGUCCUGAACGCGCCUUUGCUCCUCAUAAUAGCAAUCUACGAACGCAAAUAUCUCUGGCAACGCAACUCCAAACUCGGACGUCCGCGUCGUCGUCAUGCAUUCUUAGAUUUCUGGGAGAGCUUUGGCGCGCAUGCGGAUUUGGGCAAUGUGUUUGAUGAGGAGCCGCCGCAGAGUGUGUUGGAUGAGAUGGAUGAUAUUGAUGAUGUGUUUGGGAAUGAUGUUUGGGCUAAUGGGUAUAUGAAUACGAUUAGGCAGAGGAGGGGGAGUAGGCAGAUUAGUGAGACUAGUUCUGCGUAUCCGGUGUUUAGGAAUAGGAGGUCGAGGGGGGAUAGUCUGUUGCCUGCUGAGACUUGGUAG